CCCCGGGCAAUAGGGGAUCAUGGGGCUCCUGUGUCCUUGCCCAAACUCAAAAAAGCCUAUGAAAAAGGUAUCAGGGGCAUCUCAUGGGGCCCCCUACUGACCCGGGCCCUCGGGCAGUGCCCGAGUUAACAAAUGGUCAGUCUGCCCCUGUGCUAGACCAUACUGCUGUGCAAUACAAUAGAACCUCAUUCACUGCUGUGCAAGGGAUUAGUAAGUACAGUACUUAUCCUACCAGUAUGUGUUUUUCCAUCUUGUGUUAUCACAAGAAAAAUAAAUUUGACAUGAAAGUUCAUAUGUUUACAUAAAGAAUUAGCUAUUUUUUCAGAAAUGCUUUA